UGUCAGGCACGAGGCCGAACGUCUAGAACAAGAAGCUCGUGGUCGUUUAGAGCGUCAAAAGAUUGAAGAUGAAACUGCAGCAGAGGAAGUGCGUCGAACAUUGCUCGAGACUCGCGUCCAGUUAGCCGCAUUGGAAAGCACUGGACAAGCGACCGCUGAGGCUCAAAGUCGUGCGGAUGCUGCUCGCAUCGAAGGACAGUCGGCAGUGGAAUUGGCCAAACUACACGCUGAGGCUGGUGAAAUCGACGCGGAUGCGGAAUUGGAACGGCUGCGCAAAGCUCGCGAGGCUGAAUUGGAAUUUAUGCGUCAGAAAGACUCACUGAAAAUUGCUCAGUUGAACGAGGAGAUGAAGAUCGAAGUAACGCGUUUCACAUCUAUGGUCAGUGCCAUCGGACCAGACAAUUUGCGACAGAUUGCCAAAGCUGGACCGGAGCAUAAUUUACGUAUGUUAAGUGCCCUCGGUUUGCAGAGCACUCUGAUCACAGAUGGCACGACCCCGGUGAACCUGCUGAGCACAGCCCAUGGACUAAUCGGACAAUUAACACGUCAGUCGGGUGAAACAGACAAAGAAGAUCAUCGAUCACGAGCGUUGUCAGAUGACGGUGCCUCUGCCUAA